AUGGCUAGAAGAAACGACGCUGCGAUUGCUGCUGCCUUAGAGGUUGUUGCUCAGGCUAUGCAGAAUCAACCUAAUGUUGGAGGAAUUGAUGAAGCUUGUAGUUUGAUAUUUCUCAAAGAUGUUUGGGGAAAGAAAGAGACGGAGUUCCUUGCGCUGAAACAAGGGAAUUCAACCGUCACUGAAUAUGCUGGUAAGUUUCUGGAGCUCGUGAAGUUCUAUCCACACUAUAGCAAGGCGAAUGCUGAGUUUCCAAAGUGUAUCAAGUUUGAGAGUGGGCUACACCCGGAGAUCAAAUGGGCGAUUGGAUAUCAACAAACCCAUAGGUUUGCGGAGUUGGUGAACAACUGUUGGAUUUAUGAGGAAGAUAGCAUUGCUCAAUCGGCUCAUUACAAGAGUCUGAACGAGAAGAGAGGAAAGCUGCAUCAUGAUUGUAAGAAGCCUUAUUAUGCUCCAACAGAGAAAGGGAAACAGAAGGUUUUCGACUGGAAGAAGACAAGUGGGAGAGGGGCUCCCACUCAUGUCAAAUGUUAUAGGUGUGGUGAACAAGGUCACUGUUCCAAUGAAUGUGAGAACAAGGUGCUGAGAUGUUACAAAUGUGGUAAGACUAGUCAUCAUGCUCCUGACUGCAAGGACGAUGGUCCAAUUUGUUUCAAUUGUGUUUCUAUGGAUGGUAGUAUGGUAAUAAAUAUUGAUGCUAGUGGUUUUGUUACUACUACUUUUAUGUGUUCAGGAUGUCCUUUGACUAUAUUUGAUAAGAGUUUUGUGAUGGAUUUGGUGUGUCUACCCUUACACCAAAUCGAUGUAAUUUUUGGAAUGAAUUGGUUGGAGUUCAACUAUGUUCAUAUAAAUUGUUACAAUAAGACGUUGAGGUUUCCCAAGUUUGGUGAUAAUGGAGAACAAAUGUUGUUGAGUGCUAAGAAAGUGAAUGAAUGCCUUAGAGACGAGUCUGUGAUGUUUGCAAUGUUUUCAUCGUUGCAAAGUGACCGGGAAGCUACAAGUGUUGAACUUCCGGUUGUCUGUGAAUUUCCCGAGGUAUUUCUAGAGGAUAUAAGUGAUUUGCCUCUAGAACGUGAAGUAGAUUUUUCUAUAGAAUUGGUUCCAGGUACGAGUCUAGUAUCGAUGACUCCUUAUAGAAUUUUGGCUUCCGAGCUGAAUGAAUUGAAGAAACAAUUGGGAGAAUUGCUCGAGAAGAAAUUUUUGGUGGGCGCUAGUGUUAUUAGCCAGAUUAAUUUGAGAUCAGGUUAUCAUCAAAUUCGUGUUAAACAAGGUGAUAUUCCAAAGACGGCUUUUCGAACAAGGUAUGGUCAUAAUGAAUAUACUACGAUGCCAUUUUGUGUUUCGAAUGCUCUAGAGGAGCAUGUUGAACAUUUGCGAGUGGUGUUGCAAGUGUUGAAAGAGAAGAAGUUAUACGCAAAGCUGUCGAAGUGUGAGUUUGGGUUGAAAGAAGUGAGUUUUCUUGGUCAUGUGAUUUCAAGUGUUGGAAUUGCUCUGGAUCUUUCUAAAGUUGAUGUUGUGUUGCAAUGA